AUGCCAACCGAGGAAGUACCGAUGAAGAAAACGGUUAAAGUCAAACAUAUAAAAACGGCAAAAUCGAAUAAUCAAAACUCGAAUGGAUAUACCCUCAAUCUCUGCCGAUUACGACCAACAAAUUUUAUCCUUGGAUUGCUUAUAGUGGGAAUAACUUCAGUUGUUAUUGGAUUUGGCUUAGGAUAUGUUACUGCACCAAAACCUUUGCCUCCUCUCUACAUCGAUGUACCCGUUCCGUGUCCGUCCCUGGAAACCAUACCGACACCGAUACCUAAAUUGGAGGAAGAAAAGGCAACAACAGCAACGCCGACGCCGACGCCGACACCGACGCCGACAUCGACACCGACACCCACUACCUUACCUACUACUGAAAGUCCCGAAUAUAUUACUAAUAAAUUAAUCGAAUCAAUAAAUGCUGACAAAAUUAAGAAGAUGUUCAAGAGUAGGUCUACUACUGCAGUAAUUUCGUUUUGGCAAGGUAACAAACCACAAUGGGUGUCAGGAGAAGAUGAGGUAACAAAUGCUGUAGAGGAUGUUAUAAUUAUGCAGCCAUUUAACGCAUACUCAGAAACUGCGGUGGAGCAGGGUAGUAUCAUGUAUGUGAAUUACGGACGAGACGAAGAUUUUAAUAUAAUCAGAAAGAAGUACUCCAGGCAUAUUAAUAAAAAUACAAUAUUUAUGGCCAGACUCGGAAAGAUUAGUAUCAAUGAAAAGGUUAAGAACAGUCAAGCAAAUAGGGGAAUCGGUUUGGUUCUGUAUAAAGAUGUUGCCGAGCACUCCGAGGUAUUUGCCAAUGCUUACUGGAAUAACCAGUCGAUUAUUGCAGGGGGAACGUUGCUGUCACCCGAUCACUCUGGUGACCCUUCAACACCUGGGUAUCCAUCUAUAGCUGGCGCCUAUCGAAUCAAGGACACCGACUUUGGAUUACCUACAAUCCCUGUACUCACGAUUAAUACAAAAGAUGCUAAACAUAUUAUGAGUGUGAUAAAUGGACCAAAAGUACCCAAGCCCUCUUGGAAAGGAAACCUCGGAGUCAGGUAUCGCAUUGGCCUGGGAUUUAAGUUCGAUAGCUGGUUUGCAAAAUUGGAGGUAAGAAUGAGGCUAUCUAACUCUACGAUAUACAAUGUAAUUGCUACAAUAAAAGGAAGCAUCGAGCCAGAUCGAUAUGUUGUGAUUGGAGCACAUCGAGAUGCCUGGGUGUUCGGGGCGUCCGACGGUGGCAGCAGUACCACAACCCUUCUAACGGUCUCACAGGCUUUUGCAGAAUUAGUCAAGACAGGCUGGAGACCAAGGAGAACAAUUGUGUUUUGUAGUUGGGACGCUGAAUUAUACGGACAGAUUGGAUCAACUGAAUUUACCGAACAAUUUCGGACUAUCCUGAAUGAUCGUGCUAUUUCUUACUUGAACGUGAACUCCGUGAAGGGAAAUUUUACUCUGGAUGCGCGGGCAUCGCCUUUACUUCGUGAUAUCAUAUUCAAGUCCGCUGAAAAGGUUUCUGAUCCAGACGGUCUUUAUGACAACAUGUUUGACUUAUGGAAUGAUAGGCUCCCGGAUGUUUCGACUGGACUUCCAAAGAUGAAGUCUCUGCGUGCUGAUAACGAUGCCAAUGCAUUUGCAAAUCGAAUCGGUAUUGCUUCAUUGGACAUUUCGUACAGUAAUAAAAAUUUCGAAGAUACACCAGUAGCUCACACUGCACUCGACACUUUUAAUUACGUAAAUGAUUUCAUCGAUCCAUCGUUCAAACUUCACAAGACGCUGUCGGAAGUGUUAUGUGAACUUGUGCGAGUUAUUGCCGAUUCCGAAAUAAUUCCAUUCAACGUUACAACGUAUGCAAACCAGAUUCUUGAAAACUUAGCAAUUCUAAAAUCGUCGAAUGGAGAGGAGUUUUUCGCACAGGGAGUAGAGAUCAAUUACCUUGAAGCUAGUGUGGCUAAUUUCAGUCGAGUGGCGCAAGAAUUUCAAGAAGGAAUCACACAAUUAGAAUUUGAAGCGAGCGAAAUGCCAAGCCGGAUCAUAAACGACCAACUACUGGCGCUCGAACGAGCGAUGACUGACCGUCACGGUCUACCUGGGAGACAACAUAUCACCCACGUGAUAAACGGAUAUUCUAAUGAUGGCAAAUCAACCAGUGACGGUGGGUUUCCGGGUAUCAUUGACGCACUGGCUGAACUAAAGACGGCUAGUGACGUCCCCGCAGUAUGGAGGACCAUAAAGCAUCACAUGACAGUUAUUACGCACACAAUCAAUUCUGCAACCGAUACAAUACGCAAUGUGACGUCAUUCAUAUUUUGAAAGUCGGGACAAUUUAUUUAUUGAAAAUGUCAAUUAAAACUAUCGGCUUAGUACCACCCAAUAAUCAAAUUAAUUGUUCAGGAUCACGCAAAACUUUAAUUGCGAUUGAGGGCGUUAUAGAUAUUUAUGAUAUGUCCCAUGUUCAAACUGGCAUGAAUCUUAUAAAGCCUUGUUAAACAAUAUUAUUAGUUUAUCACCCUAGCUAGGCUGGAAAAGUGAUGAGAGAGGGAGGCUUUUUAAUUUUUUUUUUAAAUUUUUUCUAAAGCAAAAUAUCACCCUUGUAAGAAGACAUGCAGACGAGGGUGAUAAACUAAUUUUUAUUUUUGUUAUAGGGCCUAAACUGUAUUGUUUAUAAUUUGUUUAUGUAUGUUCAAAUUGUAUAAUUAGGACUCUAAAAAUACAUUUGUUCAUAAUAAUUGAAAAAAGAAACUGUCGCGUAGGAAGGUUCAUAGUUAUAUGGUAUAUGCAUCUUGAAUAAUGCCCUCUUGCGUCUGGCACGUUUGAACUUUUUAGAAGCCUAUAAGACGUGUUUUAAAUGAACUUCAUUAUUUGAAAUUUUGCUUAUUCUGUAUAUUUUUAGUUAGGGUAAGUAAUGUUCUUUCAAAUUAGCAUUAUAACAUAAUAUAACAUUAUAUUCCUUGCAUUAUAGGAUGGUAAAGUAAAAAUCGGGGAUCUGGGCUCCGGACAGGCCGUAGUGGCCAUUACCGAUUUUUUUCCCCCUUUUUUUUUUCUUUUAAUUAGCAUUUGAUUUAAGGAUGUGUAUUUCAAAGCAUGUCAAUCUUCAAGAACUUAUUUUUCUUAAUUUUUGUCUCAUUGGAAUCAGUUUAUGAUCUGUUUUAACGAUCGUUUUAAUGUUUUUGAAAGGAUUUGAUACAUUUUUUUAAAUACAUAGAGUAUAUUUCAGUGAAGUUAGAAAAACGUUUUGAGGAAGUUAUAUCACAUAGUUUGCAAUGUUGUAACUAAUAGUAGUAUGCCAUUUUGAUGUAUAGGUCUAUAAGAAACAAUAUAAUCACAUGUUUGAGGUUAUACAUUUCGUUAAAUACAUAGAGUAUAUUUCAGUGAAAUCAUAUUUUUUAAGUUAUAGCACAUAAUUUGCAAUAUUGUAAAUAUAGUAGUAUGUAAGCCCAUAAAAAGACAAUAUACUCACCUAUAGAUUACAG